AUGGACGAGCCGCCAAAUACUUUCACUUGUGGUGAUGAUCAAGUUCAGAGUGAUGAGACUGAGGCCAUGAAUCAUUCUUCAAAUGGAAAAAAUGAUGUGAGCAAUCUGGAGAGUCCAUAUGAAGGAAUGCAUUUCAAUACACGUGAAGAAGCGCAAGAGUACUAUACCGAAUAUGGACGGCGAAAUGGAUUUUCAGUUAGGGUUCGAUCAACAAACAAAACACGCGUUGGUGUAGACGAAGUGACAUCAGUUUAUAUGGUCUGUGCUCGCGAAGGGAAAAAAAAGAAAGAAGAGAACAUCGAAGGAAUAGAUAAAAAAGGGAGAAGUUGCAGUACGAUCAAAUUUUUUUAUGCGGUUCAAGUUGACGAAGAAGGUAGAGCCGUAAAUUUUUUCUGGGUUGAUGCUCGAUCACGAAUGUCAUAUGAGCAGUUCGGAGAAGUGGUUUUCUGUGAUACUACAUACAGGGCAAACAAAUAUGAGAUGCCAUUUGCUCCAUUUACAGGGGUGAAUCACCACUAUCAAACCAUACAGUUUGGAUGUGCACUUUUACAGGACGAGACCAAAGUCACAUUUUCGUGGUUGUUUAGUAUUUGGCUUGAAGCUAUGGGAGGAAAACAUCCAUCUGCUAUUAUAACCGACCAAGACGAUGCCAUGGCUUUUGCUGUAAAGAAGUCAAAAUUUAAAAAAGAUGUGAAAAAAUGUCUCCAUCAUACCUACAAAAUCAAAGAUUUUGAAGAGAAGUGGAACAUCAUGAUAGAAGUGUUUGGCUUAAGUAACAAUGAUUGGCUAAAAACUUUAUAUGAGAUUCGUGAGUCAUGGGUUCCUGUAUACCAUCGUGGAACUUUUUAUGCUGGGAUGAAUACUACCGGUCGUAAUGAAGGGGUGAAUGCAUUUUUUAACGAAUUUGUCUCGUCAAAGACAAAUCUUAAAGAAUUUGUGAUUAGGUACGAUCAAGCACUAAAAAAAAUUGUUGACAGAGAAAUUGAAGAAGAUUACGUGUCGGAGCAUACAAAGCGAAUUAUUGACGAAAGGAACUUAAUAUUAAAGCAUGCUACUGAAAUAUACACUCGGAAUAUGUUUGGGAAGUUUCGUGAACAAUUGCUUGAGUCAAUACGUUUUAAGUCAGAAGAAAUAGAUAGAGGUGAUGAGUUCAACACUUAUUUAGUAAAAUAUAAAGUUGGUGGAUUCCAAGAGUUCAUUGUAAAGGUGAAACCCGAUACAUAUGAAGGCUACUGUGAGUGUCAAUACUUUGAAUUUAAAGGCUUACCUUGCAAAAACGUACUUAAAGUUCUCGGAAAGCUCGAGGUUGAUGAAAUUCCGCCACACUUUAUCUUAAAAAGAUGGUUGAAAGGCGCAAACUCAUUCAGAGGAGUUGAUGAAACAGAUAAGUCUGACGGUUACGACUGUUCAGUUGCAUAUAGACUAAGUUAUCUAUGUUGA